GCAAUUGUAACUCUCUAAACCUGGGAAAAUGUCGAGGCGACUAGUUUGGAUAAACUACCAUGUCCUUUGUUUAUUGCUCAUCACAUCCCUAUCAAUUCUUAGUCAAGCAAACGGUGAAAGGGGCGACUGUGGUAGUGGGGGUGGAGUUGAUAUUUACUCUGAUGACUGUGGUAUUUAUUUCCAAUGUCUGAAUGGAGUUCGUAUAAAACAGAAGUGCUCAGAUGAAAGCUGUGUCGAUGUGAAUUUCGAAUGUAUCUCAGCGAAUAAAAUAUGUUUGGAAGGUGAGCUUCUAGAGGAUCCAAACAACUGCGACGGCUACGUGGAAUGCAUUAAUGGAAAACUGAUAACAUUGAAAUGUCCUGAUGGGAGCUAUUUCAAUCCAGCGUUGAAAAGCUGUGUAAUUGACGAGAAUGGGAUCUGCGAUGUAACAACUGGAAAAUGUUUGGAAGGUGAGCUUCAAGAGGAUCCAAACAACUGCGACGGCUACGUGGAAUGCAUUAAUGGAAAACUGAUAGCAUUGAAAUGUCCUGAUGGGAGCUAUUUCAAUCCUACGUUGAAAAGCUGUGUAAUCGAUGAGAAUGGGAUCUGCGAUGCAACAACUGGAAAAUGUUUGGAAGGUGAGCUUCAAGAGGAUCCAAACAACUGCGACGGCUACGUGGAAUGCAUUAAUGGAAAACUGAUAGCAUUGAAAUGUCCUGAUGGGAGCUAUUUGAAUCCUACGUUGAAAAGCUGUGUAAUCGAUGAGAAUGGGAUCUGCGAUGCAACAACUGGAAAAUGUUUGGAAGGUGAGCUUCAAGAGGACCCAAACAACUGCGACGGCUACGUGGAAUGCAUUAAUGGAAAACUGAUAGCAUUGAAAUGUCCUGAUGGGAGCUAUUUCAAUCCUACGUUGAAAAGCUGUGUAAUCGAUGAGAAUGGGAUCUGCGAUGCAACAACUGGAAAAUGUUUGGAAGGUGAGCUUCAAGAGGAUCCAAACAACUGCGACGGCUACGUGGAAUGCAUUAAUGGAAAACUGAUAGCAUUGAAAUGUCCUGAUGGGAGCUAUUUCAAUCCAGCGUUGAAAGUUUGUAUAAUCGAUAAGAAUGGAAUCUGCGAUGCAACAACUGGAAAAUGUUUAGAAGGUGUACUUCAGGAGGGUCCUAAUAGCUGCAAUGAUUUCUUGCAAUGCAUUAGUGGAAAACUGAUAGCUUUCAAAUGUGGCGAUGGUAAAUAUUUCAAUUCCACCUUGAAAGUCUGUCUCCACAGUGAGAAUGGAAUCUGUACUACCACACCUGAAAACUGCACAGAAGGUGAAGUUAAGGAGGAUUUUGAAGACUGCUCCGCUUUUUUGGAGUGCAUCAAUGGUGAACUGAAAAAGAGGCUAUGUUCAUCUGGCAGUUACUUUGACAGCCCAUUGGGGAGCUGCAUUAUUGACGUUGAUGGGGUUUGUGCUUCGUUGUCGAAUAAUUGCGCAGAAGGAGAGUGUUAGUCCAAUGGUUUAUUAGGUACACCCUGUUUUCUGUCUAUUAUCCAAUUAAUGAAAGAAGUUAAUAAUAAACCAUCCAAGUUGAUUAUCUUUUCACACAUUUACACCAAUUAAGUUACAGUCAAAUAAAUGUAUGCCUACAGACAGACCGAUUGUGCUGAUACAUAUGUAAA